AUGCCACAAUUCCUACCCCUCUUCUUCCCUCGCGAGACAUGGCUAACAAGUCCGAAGGCUGAUACAGGUCUCCCCCCCAACUGGGAGGUGCGCCACUCCAAUUCCAAGAAUCUCCCAUACUACUUCAACUCUGUCGAAAAAGUCUCCCGCUGGGAACCGCCGCAAGGCACCGACACCGAGAAGCUAAAGCACUACAUGGGAGCCCACCACAGCGCCGGCUCGCGGCCCGGCGCGGUGCCAGGUGUUCCUGACGGCAAGAUUCGCGCCGCACACUUGUUGGUGAAGCACAAGGAUAGCAGACGGCCUAGCAGUUGGCGAGAAUCUGAAAUUACACGCUCCAAGGACGACGCUAUGGAAGUCAUCAAGGCCCACGAAGCAAAAAUUAAGUCUGGCGCCAUUUCUCUUGGCGAUUUGGCCCCUACCGAGUCGGAUUGCUCGUCUGCCCGUAAGCGCGGCGACCUGGGCUACUUUGGCCGUGGGGAUAUGCAGAAGGAGUUUGAGGAUGCGGCCUUUGCGCUUAAGCCUGGCGAGAUGAGCGGCGUCGUCGAGACGGCCAGUGGGUUGCAUCUGAUUGAGAGAUUGGAGUAG